AACACCGACCAAAACAAAGCGACCAUGAUAAUAAAAUCAGCGUGAACGGAAAGUUUGACGCGGCCGUUGCGCGUCUUGCGUUAUUUUGAAUGAGAUGAGUCGCAGAACGUCAGCUGUCGCAGAAUCUCACAUCCAGAAAAUGAGCUGACAUUCACAACAGCCACCGGACACCGCCAUAGCAGGGUGUGCGCCGUUAUUCCUGCGCAUUUACAUGGAGAAAAGAAUGCUUUUUACUGAACGGAUAGACACACAGUGAAUGCAUUGUUGAUUUAUGUUCAACCAAUGAUAGGCUACUUGGAGGUUUUUACGCAUGUGACUACAUGGACAGAUAAACUUUAUAGUGGGGUUGGAUGCUUCGAAUCUGAAGAAAAAAAAACUCAUUCUAGCUCACUGAUAUCGUGUUUUAUGAAAGGAUGAACUCUAUGUUGUUUGGGGAAGGUUUUGUGGGCGAUAUGGUGAGCGGUUCGCAACAGGACGCGGUGCCGAGAGCGCUGCGCAACGACCUGGGCUCCAACAUCCACGUUCUCAAGACACUCAACCUGCGGUUCCGCUGCUUCCUCGCCAAAGUCCACGAGCUGGAGAGAAGGAAUAAACUUCUCGAGAGCCAGCUAAACCAGGUCUCGGAUCAGCCGAGGUAUCCGGGCUUAUCGUUUACGCGAGAGGUGGCUGUCCAGACUGACUCGCUCGAAUCGCGACUUCCAGGCAACAUCUGGAGUUUUACACAUGUUUGGAGACAGGGAGAGCGCGUGGAGACUGUGCAUGGGCCCGGGGUCACCUGGACCCAUCCGGACGGGGUUGGAGUCCAAAUUGACACCGUCACCCCAGAACUAAGAGCCAUAUAUAAUGUUCUGGCCAAAGUCAAACGGGAGAGGGAGGAGUACAAAAGAAAAUGGGAGGAGGAGCUUUCGAGGAGAGAACAAAUGGAGUUGAUGGUCCAGACGCUGCAGGAGAACGUUCAGGAGUCUGAAACGGUUCAGGACGAGUUAAAUGAGAAGGUUGAAAGAUUGAAAGCUGAACUGGUGGUCUUCAAGAGUCUUAUGAGUGAUGGUAGCAAGAGGCACCAUUCUAGAGAUGUAGAGAAUCGGAGGAAAUUCCUGAACCUGAAACAAAUGUCCGACCUGGACUCUAAGAUUCAGGAGAAAGCCAUGAAGGUAGACAUGGACAUCUGCAGGAGGAUUGACAUCACAGCCAAACUGUGUGACGUAGCUCAGCAGCGGAACUCAGAAGACAUGUCCAAGAUGUUCAACGUCAGUCCGUCCAGAGCGCCAGCAGACAGAAUGGCUGUGGCGUGCAGAAAGAAGGAAAAUAAGCUGUUAUCUGAUGAGGAAAGCUCUGAGAUGGAUGCAGAUCCCAGCACCUCUGAGGAAGAUGUCCCCUUUAACAUCACAGAUGAGAUGAAACGCAUGCUCAACCAGCUACAUUGUUCAGAUAACUCAUUUGUUGCUAGGAAGGAGACAUUCGACAUCGAUGAUGACUGUGACAGUUUGACGUGGGAAGAGAAUGACGAUACGCUGUUGCUAUGGGGGGAUUUGACAAACUGCAACGUGCCCUGUGCACUCAGCACCGGUGCUUUAGACGACAACGGGGACGCACAAGAUCCUAGCUCUCAGGAUGGCAGUCUGGGGAGUCUUAUAGAUGAGACUGAAUCUCUCUUCAAGACCAGAGAGCAGGAAUACCAGAAGACAAUUGGACAAAUUGAGAUGGAGUUGGCCACAGCCAAGAGUGACAUGAAUAGACACUUGCAUGAGUAUAUGGAGAUGUGCAGUAUGAAACGAGGGCUGGACGUUCAGAUGGAGACGUGCAGGAGAAUGAUCAAGGGUGGCAGAAAUUCUCCUUCCAUCAGCUCCACAGCGAGCAGUGACUCAGGGAACACUGACGAGAUACAAGACGAGUCGGACAAGGACGGAGAGACGGAUGGGGCAAUUAGCUGAUAUCUGCCCAGCCAGGCACCGCCCCCUCCUUCCCCCAGUGUGCUCCAAUUAACUCUCGGGCCUCUUAGCAUUCGGCCAAUGGUAUUCAGUGGCCCCAGUAAAUGGAAAUCUAAGGGACAGGUUCCACAAACUCCCACAAACUAAAAAUCCUGUAGGUGCUUUAACGUCUCUGUGUGAGAGUGGGCCGGAGCUCAUGAGAGUUAUUUUUGUACUUCAUGUGCACUGGACAGUGAUAUUGAUGUAUUACAAGGUGCCACCCCUGUGCAAUGCUCAACGCUAACAUCACAGGACAGCCUGAUUAUGAAUCCAACCAAUCCAAGCCAUCAUCUACAAAAUACAUCACAGAGUACACUAGGGUGACCUUCAAAGCCCCUUAGAGGACAGGGUAGUUUGGUUUCCAACAAGUCUUGUCCCCUUGCAUUAUCUACUAUUGUAUGGUUUGCAUUGCCUUGCAAUAAGUUUUGAGUUCCCUCAAAAUAGUUUUGCGUUCACUCACAAUAAGUUUAGCAUUUCUUUGCAACAGUUAGCAUUUCUUUAUAUUUUGUUUUUCAUUACCUCAAAAUAGUUUGCGUUCCCUCACAAUCAGUUUUGCGUUUCUCCAAAAUAGUCUGCGUUCCCCCAAAAUAGUUUGCUUUGCCUCCAUAUAUGUUUUGUGUUCCCUCAAAAUAGAUUGGGAUGCUUCUCAAUAGUUUGCAUUCCUUCAAAAUUAUCUUCUGACCUUUUGUAAUAGCUAUAUCCAUCCCAUACUAAUCCUUAACCAUGGUUUUACUACAGUAACCAUAGUUAAACAAUUGUUUGUAGGAAACCCUUAUAUUUGUAGUAUAAGGGUAACCACAUAAUUGACCAUGUUUGAACUACAACAACCAUAUUUUAACCAUUAUAUUCUUGGUAAAAUCAUAGAAAUAACACAGGAAAACCAAAACUAUAACAUAUAACAAAUAACAUUAAAAAAAAACUUUGUUUUACUAUAGUGACAUCAUGGUUAAUUUCACCAUGAUUUGUUCAUGGUAAGAAACAAGGGGGUUACAUGGUUAUGGGAGGUAAGGACAUGAUUUUGGUGUAAACCUGUGUUUUAAAAUGUGUUUAAACCUGUGCAUUGUGUUAUUAUGUAAAACUGUAGCACAAUUUUUUUGGCACAAUUAUUAUGAUUUUUCAAAAACCAUAGUUUUGGUUUUCCUGCAUUAUUACUAUUUUUUUUACUACAAAUAUCAUGGUUAAAAUAAUGAUUCUGUAGUAAAACACAGUAAAAUGUGUGGUUAUGGUUUUACCACAUUUAUAGUUACUGUACUAAAACCAUGAUACAUUUUGUGGUAACUAGGUGUUACCACAAACAACAUAGUACAGCUAUGGUUACUGAAUUAAAACCAUGGUUAAUUUCCAUAAGAGAUGGAUAAAGCUAUUGCGAGGAAACCCAAAACAACUGACAAACAUAUUGCGAAGAAAUGCAAAGCAUAUAACGAGUGAACGUAAAACUAUUUCAGAAAAUGAAUUUCAUCCCUGUCCCUUAGGGACUCCGUGAGGACAAGUUGACCAUUAGUUUGAAUGGUUUAUUUAUAGCAAUCAAACUAGCUAAGACUUAUUAUCUGGACAAAUGAGACAUGACUUGGAAAAUGUGGAUUAUCCUGAAUUGAUUGGGGCAUCUGGUCACUCUAGAAUACACAUAUUAAAUUGUGUCAGUCCCAAAACCAUAGCCAUAGUCAUUCAUUAUCUCCAGAUUUUCCAAAAACCAGAAACACUUGGGUGAAACACAUGUCUAUAGAUCAGAUAAGUUGGUUUGUGUGUUAGACCAAAACAGACUUAAAGGAAUAGUUCACCACAAAACAAUUUAUUAUUUCAUUAUUUAUUCACCAUCAUGAUAUCCCAGGUGUGUACGACUUUCUUUCUUCACCAGAACACGUUUGAAGAAAAUUUGAAAAAAUGUCUCAGCUCAGUAGGUUCUUAAAUGCAAGUGAAUGGUGAUCCGAUUUUUGAAGCUCCAAAAAUCAUAGACAGUCAGCAUUGCCAUGUUACGUACGUAAUCUCACGUUCGCCUCUCGGAUUGGACAUCAAGGAUAAGCACACAAAUGUACCAUUAUGAGUAAAGAAACGGAUAAAUACAGAUCUAAACCAAAACCAACCAAGCUUCUGUACAGCGUUCCUCCUACAAUCUUGUAAACAGCACUGCUCUUCCGGCUGUGUCGCACGCAUGCGUUAGUUCUCACGUGUUUGAAAUGCCAAUGGGAUUACGUCGCACGUACUGCUGCAGACUGGAAGCAUGAUUUAGAGUUAAAAAAAGUAAUUCAAUAUUCAUCUUUUUCAUACCAAAAACGAUCGUGUCAAUUUGGAAGACAUUAAUAUAACUUAUGUAUGAUGUUUAUGCUGACUGUCUAUGAUUUUUGGAGCUUCAAAUAUCAUAUCACCAUCCACUUAUAUUUGAAGGACCUAAUGAGCAAAGAUAUUUUUCAAAUUUUCUUCAAAUGUGUUCGGCUGAAGUAAAUAAUGAGAAAAAUUGAAUUUUUGGUUGAACUAUCCCUUUAAGACCCACUUAGAAAAAAAAAUCUGAAUGAUUUCUCUACUUACAUGAACUAUUUCAAAAAUCAUCUGUAUUCUACUGUAGCGUUUUGGCAUUUUUAAGUCCCUGGUUGUAAAAGCAAGUCCAGUCAUGAAUGUGGAACACCAAACAGGUGAUACGCAAGUUCUAUGCAAUCAGUCGGCCUUACUUCAAAACUGAUCUGUGGCCUGUGCUCAUUAAUUGCCUUAGUUUGCUGCACAAGCAAGUUAUUUCAUGUUAUGAUGAAUGUUCCUUUGUUUUAAAGUGUUGAUGAGGCACAGUGUUUACUUCUGGCAAAAUAUGUAGAACAGUGUCUCGUCAUUUUGAGUGGUUGCCAAUGAUAAAGAGUCAUAUGUGCCUAUACACGUUGCAAUGCUAAUUUUUAAUGGCCUUACUGUAUUUCCAGAACAUGUUAAACUUGCACUCAAAAACAAUAUCUUGGUUUUUGAUGGCAUGUGAAUUUUCUUGAUCACUAAUCUGUAUGGUUUCAUUGUUAGCUUAGCAAAAUGCUAAGUCUAAUGAAAUGAUGUGUGAUUUAAAAUGUGUGUGGCAAGUGCACUAACUGAAUAAGUAGAGCUUUCUAAAACAGUUCCGUGAAGGUUAGAAUACUGCUUUUCACCUUGUCUACACCGGACGAGAAAGCACAUCAAAAGCACAUCACUCCCAUUGUAAUCAAUGACGCUGUCUACACUGGAUGCCUCCGUCGCGUUUAUGUACAACCCGUUUUGUUUGUAAUGCUCUGCACGAGCAUGGAGCUGAUUGUCAGUGCAGGUCAUAUUUUCCAAGUCACAAGCCAUUUCGACGCGUCCAGGUGUUAGAGGGCAGCUGCUCACAAGGUUUUGGAACAUAACUAUCCUAUCAAUUGAAUAAGUGUAUGCAGAGAUAAAUGAUAAAACAACAGGAUGUUAUUAACUGGUACAGACUGGUAUGACAUAAGUUGCAUUGUAAGCUCUGAUGAUGGCCAGCAGGGAGCACUGUUUCAUACAGAUUCGGGGGCUGUUUUAUUUGCUGCAUCUGUAAAUAUGACUGGUGUUGGUUUGCUCCAACUAUGUGGCCUUUGUGUUUGUCUUGCUUGGUGUCAUUUGGCUUUCCAUUUGAUUUUUUUUUUUUUACGUUUCUUGGGUCAAAACAAUUUGACCUCAUCGUCAAACGUAUUUGUUUAUAUAUCAGUUUAAUCAUAUUAAUCGGUGAUGUGGGGACAUUUUAAGGAAUUAGUGAUCAGUGAUUUAAUGCUAAAUUCAAAAUAUGGUUGCAGAGGGCUUUAAAAUCUUUUAUAUCAAAUAAGUUGGUGGGCAGGAAUCAUUUGUUCAGCAUUAUUAUUGUUUUAUUUUAGAGCUAAUUGUUACCCACAAUGAUUAUUUCAUAUUGAUCAAGCUGUCAGGUGAUCAUAUCAAUUUGGUAUUUUGCUUGUGGAUAUGAAACAUUAGUUUCUGGCAAAAAAAAUAAUAAAAUCUAGCAUUUGAAUUUUAUAAAAUGUCCUUUUUUAUAUUAUUCAGGGUAGUCAGGGCUAAUCCGGAUGCUUUCCACUGGAAAAUGAAACAAUAGUGAGAGCCACAUUAUAGUGGCCACAAGGAGGUUAACCCAACAUGACUAUACCCACUGGUUGCUUAGGAAGCCUGACUGGAGUCCCUCAGCACACCCUGGAUUCAAUCUAGUGACUCCAGGUGUGGUAGUCAGCAUCUUUGCUUGCUGAGCUACCCAGGUCCCCACUUAAACAAUUAUUGUUGAAUUUUGAAAUGUUUAGUAUGGAAUUUCUAAUAAAGCAUAAAUCACCUGUCCAUUAGACUCCUAUCGGAAAAUUACACUUUAACAAGUAACUAAACCAGCAUCAGCCAGCCUUACAGAAACCCUACUUUUAAUUUCUGAGUAGGAAAUUUAGUGACCUGUACAGCUGAGACACAUUUGAAACAAUGUUGGACUGUAUCUUUCUCAGUCCUCAGCCUUGGUUUUAUUGUUGCUAUUAUAAUUAUUUUGGUAUCUGGAAAUAUAAGUAUACAUUAGAACAUUCAUACUGUAUGUGGUCUUUGUUUAAACGUUUGUUUCUGCUCCAAAUGAGUGUAUCUUUGAAUUUGAUGUGUGAGCAAUGGGUGUAUGUUUCAAAAUAAUUAAUGUAAUUGGUGCUG